CUAGCGCCAUCAUACAUCGACAAAAAGUCUCCUUGAACAGAUUUCGUACUGCAAUAGCCAUCGGUCUCUUUUUGCGUAGAGAGUACACUAAAGACAAGCGAGAACACCGGGCGACGCAUCGCUCGCAAUGCCCAAGGACAAGCGUCGACGCACUGCUCUGCACGAACAACCCAUCCGUCUCUCAAAACGCCAGUUCGCAGUUCAAGAUGAUGCUGUUGAACAUGUGGACGUCGGUGCACAAGCUGAUGCAUCUGGCACAGAAAUUCUGCAGUCCGUAGACUCAGAAGCCAUGUCCCGCCCUCUAUCAAUGAAGAAAAAGGAAAAGCAGGCGUUGAGGCAUGAACUAUUUAUGCAACGAUUGGUGUCUGCUCCAGGAUUGGAGUCUGCUCCAGGAUUGGAGUCUGCUCCAGGAUUGGAGUCUGCUCCAGGAUUGGAGUCUGCUCCAGGAUUGGAGUCGUCGCGAGCUCCCUACUCGAAAUCUCGUGAGCGCCGACUCAGGCGAAAGGCGAGAGAGCAAUUGGCCGAGGGCGUGGAUGACCUCAAGGCUGUCAUAUUGGAAAUGGACGACGACAUACCCAGCUCGGUGGUAGAAUCCGCUCGUCAAUGUGCAACCGAUGCGUCUACUGCUAAUCAAAGGAGAAAAGCGCCAAAUGGGUUGAUUGGUGAAGGCAAAGGAGCUCCUCUCACCAAGGCAGAAAGAAAGCGCGCGCUACAACUCGAGCGACAACGGAUCCCCUUGAUACUGUCGACACCAGAGUUCGCAUCCAACCCCUUCCAGACUAUCCGCAUUCACGCGCAAAAUACGCUUGUCAAGCAUCAACCUCCAGAAUGAGGAGCGUCACCAUAGCAUGCCUGCGGCCCUAUUGACCGCGAAUCCUCGGC